AUGACCGCGUCGGCGGUGUCGUCGACGUAUGCGACGACGGUCGCGGCGUCAAUGUCUCCCAACGCCGCCACCGCCGCUACUAACGCUACCGCUGCUGCCACCGCCGCCGCCGGCUUCAUUAUUACUCGUGCCGCCGUUGCUGCCGCCGCUGCCGCUGUUACCGUCGCUGCGUUCUGUAUUACUACUGGUGCUGCUGCCGCAUCGACUACUACAUCAUUCGACAUUACUACCGCCGACACUACGACUACUGAUACUACUUUUACUACGACAACUAUUACUCGCUCUACUAAUUCUAACGCUAUUGCGAAUAACACUACCACUACUCAUAGUGAUACUCCGACUCAGACUGUCGCCACGACCAUUACGACUACUGAUACCCCCGCACCGUUUUACGGCAACGUCGUCGUCGUGUGCGGCCAGCGGACCGCCGCCAUCGCGGGCCUUGUGUUGUUAUGGUCGAUUGUGCGGGUCACCAGCCCGGCGACGCGACAUGAUCUCUGGCGUCGACACGACGCUACAACGCAUCACCAAAGUCGUCAAAUCGUCGUUUCCCCAGGCAGUUGCAGCUGUUGUACAACAUUACCGUCACCAUCGCCACCGCCACCACUACGCGCUACCGACUCAUCCGUCAAGUAA